UCAGCGAGAGGGGCGUGACGAGUGGGCGGGGCUGCUCAUCGGCCGCCGGGGUCCCAGCGCCCGCCCGCUCCCGCCGCCGGUAUCACCGGGGACGCUGCGUUCAAACGGCGGCUGCCUUUGAGUCUCAGCGGGUGCGUGGGAAUAACCGCCCACGGGGGAUCCCCGGUUCCAGGGGAGAACGCAAGGCCGAAAGUGCACGGCCCCAAGCCCCCGCCGCCCGGCGCAGGCGCACUCCGCCGCCCAGCGCUGUCAUGGCGGAGAAGGUGCAGAAGAGCGUGAAGAUCGCCCCGGGGGCCGUGGUGUGCGUGGAGAGCGAGAUCCGCGGGGACGUGACCAUCGGGCCCAGGACGGUGAUCCACCCCAAGGCCAGGAUCAUCGCCGAAGCGGGACCCAUCGUCAUCGGGGAAGGCAACCUGAUCGAAGAACAGGCGCUCAUCAUAAACGGGUAUCCAGAAAAUAUUACACCAGAAACUGAAGAGGUGGAGCCCAAACCCAUGGUCAUUGGCACCAACAAUGUUUUUGAAGUUGGGUGUUAUUCCCAAGCAAUGAAGGUGGGAGAUAACAACGUCAUCGAAUCCAAAGCGUUUGUCGGCAGGAACGUGAUCCUGACGAGCGGCUGCAUCAUCGGGGCCUGCUGUAACGUCAACACCUACGAGGUGAUCCCCGAAAACACCGUCAUCUACGGGGCCGACUGCCUCCGCCGCGUCCAGACCGAGCGGCCGCAGCCCCAGACGCUGCAGUUGGAUUUCCUGAUGAAGAUCUUGCCGAACUACCAUCACCUAAAGAAGACCAUGAAGGCCACGUCCACUCCUGUCAAGAGCUGAGCUCCUUCUGCUGCCGGUGGCCGACCGGGGCUUUCAUCUGGUCCUGCGAAGCACUACAUGGCCCCGGAAAGCAGCCGGUCUCCUCGUCCCUCGUUCCACCUAUGAAAAAAAAAAAACAAAACCGUCUUGUUUAUUUGUGUCCUUUAUUUAUAUUCCGCCGAGCCUCUCGGACCAGCUUUGGAUCUGUUGCCUCUCGCGCGCUAACCCUAUUCUGCGUGCUUUGUUUGGGGAAUAAAAAUGUCACCUGCUUUUCUCUCAA